UUUCUACUCCUUAAGUUAAGUAAGGUUUUAACAUGAACGUUCUUUGUAUUUGUUGCAGCUGCCUUCCUGACUCAAGUGUCAGGUGAUCCUUGCACAUCUGGAGAAUCCAUCAAUGCUUCUAGUGGCCACAUUUCCAGCCCCAAUUUUCCCGACAACUUUACUUCUAACAGCAUUUGUAUCUGGAAUAUCACGGUUCCCAGUGGGAAAAUCAUAAAAAUGACCUUCUUGAACUUUACCCUGGUAAUAAAUGAACACAGUGACUGUUCUGGAGCAGAUCAAACAAGUGCCCGAAUUUUUAUCACAAACGUUGCAUCGCAUAACGGAGAUCCUAAUAACUUUACGCUUUGUGGUCAAGACCUUCCCUAUCCUGUUUAUUCCGAGGAAAAUUUCAUUCAAGUGAGGUUUGAAUCCCGCACAGGAACUGUAAACAAAGGGUUCAAUGCAUCUUAUAAGGCGAUAGAUGGAGAGUUAUUGUGCCCCACAGAUAUGAUCCUCAACGAUACAACAGGUUCUUUCUCCUCUCCCUUUUAUCCAAGAAAAUAUCCAUUCAAUCAGAACUGUAGCUGGAAGAUUAUAGGAAAACAAGGAUACCGCGUUAAGCUUACAAUACCAUACCUCAAUCUGGAUCAAUGUUACCCAAAUUGCUCGUGUGAUUCUUUAGAAGUUCAAAAUAGCUUCAGUGAAGAUUCCGCUGCUGGAAAAUUGUGUGGUGUAAACAGGCAUGGGAGUUUAACCUUCUAUUCACUACACGAAAGCUUGAGGGUGGUGUUUGUGUCCGAUAAUAUGGAUAUGAGUUAUGACGGCUUUGAGGCAACUUACAAGCUGUUGAACUACAGUCCUCCAAUUUGUCCAAAGGAAGCGAUCCUUCUCUCAGGUAGCGGGAAAAUAAGCAGCACAAACUAUCCAAAGAGUAACUACACUGCGUCCAGAAACU